ACCUUUUAUUAACGAAGUCGCAUAAAAAUAAUAGUAGUUCAAUUUCAAAUCACUUACUAAAUCAAUAUAAAAAGUUCUUUUUUUUCCUCACAUUAUAAAUGUAAGGACACGAGAACACUAGUCCUUUGGAUUGUUUUCUAGUUUACUCGUCCAUGACUUCGCUCACGGGAUUUAUCACCGCAAUCACGAUAACUAUCUUACUCGCCGGAAGCUCCGCCGGCAGGGAACUCCGUCCAUCCGAUCACGGACUCGACUACCAGUCGUCGCCGCCGGCCAAUCCUCCCUCGGAUAUGAGAUCCUUCUUCAACAGCAACAACUCUUCUUCUUCAUCUUCUCCCGAUGCAUUUAAUUGGAAUGUCACAGAUUCCGUGCCUCCGGCGUUGCCGAAAACCACCGUUCACGACAGAACACCGUUGAGUAAAGCAUUAAUAAUUGCAAGCUUGGUGUGUGGAGUCACAGGUGUCAGUUUAUUAGUGGUUUCCGUUUUUCUCUGUCUGUUUGGCUACAUAAGAAGAAACUCAGAGCAAAACGAGUCGUUUCGUCAUGAUGAUGAUAAUUUUAAUAUUAAUAAUAAUAAUAAUGCUAACAAACUUGAGGUGAUGCAGAAUUCGUGAGUUCUAUCUUUCUUUCUUUCUUGCUGUUUUUAUCUUAUAUUCCAUUCUUAGCUUGUUUCUUUUUUUUAUUCAUGUUGUAUUUUUUAGUAAAGGUGAAGGGUCGAGGGUCAUUUUGUAAAUUCAUUCAUAUUACAACCACUAUAAUGCUUUUUUUUUGGUAAUAUAUUUGAUAUUAUUGGUUUGUA